AUGCGGAACUCUCACCUGCUGUUGUCUGGGUGGCACACCUUAUUCGCCAAUCAACCCGGCCCGAGCACUCCCCCUAGGACCGAAGUGGCCUAUGUUGCCCUUGCCGGCUUCUUUGAAAAGCACUGUGGGCCGAUGUACUCCGAGCUUUGCUACCCCGAAGCCGGAGGGUUUGCCAAACAUGGCAAACAAGACUUGAUGUGUUUCGCUGCCAGGUCGUUAUUUGCUGAGAAGUCAACACACGACCAACUCGAUAUCGGGGAUUGGAGGCUACUCAGUGACUACGUGUUCAACCUCUGCUACCGAGUUUACCCUACCGACUGCCCGGAGGGGUCCAAGUUCAACCCCCAGCUGGUGCCGCAAGACGGAGAGUGCCUGGAAAUGAUCAACCAGGCCGACUUUGCUCUGCGCCCCAACAACCGGCCAUUUCACCCUCGCGCUCAAGACGACAAGGUUCCUCGGUAA